AUGCAAGAAAAUACAAAACAAAAAUUAAAUAGAACAUUAUAUAGAUCUCGGAUUCAGGUAUGGCUCUAUGAGCAAGUGAAUAUGCAGAUAGAGGGUUGGAUUAUUGAUUUUGAUGAGUACAUGAACCUCGUGUUAGAUGAUGCAGAAGAAAUUCAUUCUAAAACAAAGUCAAGAAAACAACUGGAUCGAAUCAUGUUGAAAGAAGAUAAUAUUACCCUGCUACAAAGUGUUUCCAACUAGAAAUGAGAAGUGAGAAGAUGAGAACACA